GUCCUAGGAAGAACUUCUUUACGUAGUGUGGCUAGAAACACAUCCUCAUUCUUGCUCAACGACUCCUCAAACCGUUCUCACAAGCCGAAAUGCCGAACGGAGACUCCGAAUGCGCCUGGCCGUGGUUGUGGCGUGCUAAAGAAGCGAGCGAUGCAAUUCCAAGAGCUGCUAUGACACUGCUUGUCAUAGCAAUCGCAGCUCUUAGUUUUUUUUAUCUGUUCAGGAGGCGAAAAAUUGGGACGGCUCAAUUGCCGCCAGGGCCUCGAGGCGUGCCGUUCCUCGGGUACCUCCCAUUCCUUGGGACUGAUCUCCACCAGAAAUUUGCCGAAUUGGCCAAGAAUUAUGGCCCCAUCUACAAACUCCAGCUCGGAAGCAAGUUGUACGUCGUGGUUAGCUCCCCUUCCCUGGCCAAAGAAAUCGUGCGGGACCAGGACAGGACGUUCGCCAAUCGGGACCCUAACAUCGCCGCUACCAUCAUGUCAUACGGCGGAAGGGACAUUGUCUUCUCAAGCCAGGGGCCUUAUUGGAGGAAUCUCCGCAAAAUGUUCGUACGGCAGAUAAUGAGCAACGCGAGCCUCAACGCCUGUUACAAUUUGAGAAGGCAGGAGGUCAGGAAAGCUCUGAGCGAUCUGUAUAGAAAACCCGGGAUGCCGGUUGAUGUCGGUGAAUUGGCCCUUCUGAUCUUGAUUAACGCGGUGAUGGCGAUGCUGUGGGGAGGGACACUUAAGAAAGAGAAGCACGAAGCCUUGGGCGCCGAGUUUCGAAAGGUGGUGGCUAAAUUCAUGGUGCUCUUAGGUAGUCCGAAUGUUUCAGACUUUUUCCCGGCACUCGCUUGGCUUGACCUGCAAGGAGUGGAAAGGGACGUGAAAAGGGUGCAUCAGUGGAUCGAUGAUUUUAUUCAGUCUGUUAUCGAUUGCGCCACCACCGCAGGAAGAACGAAUGAACUGUUCGAGCAGAAGGAAGAAGAACCUAAAAGCAAUGAACAACAAAAGGACUUCUUGCAGAUUUUCCUGGACAUGGAGAUGGAUCUUGAAGAUAAUCAGUCAUUUAUGGACAAGAAUAGAGCACUCAAAGCCAUUCUUACGGACAUCGUGAUUGGCGGAACCGAUACAACGUCAACAAUGAUCGAAUGGGUGAUGGCAGAGUUGCUGCAGAACCGGAAUGUGAUGGACAAAGUAGCGGAGGAAUUGACAGAAGUUGUGGGCGUGGAUAAGAUGGUCGAAGAGCAGCACUUGCCCAACUUAAAAUACCUCGACGCCGUCAUUAAGGAGGUAUUUCGCUUGCACCCGGCGCUGCCCUUGUUGGUACCUCGGAGCCCGCAUGCUUCCUGCGUCGUCGGGGGUUACACAAUACCGAAGGGCAGUAACAUAUUCCUGAACGUGGGGUCUAUCCACAGGGACCCCACGAUUUGGGACAAACCCUCGGAGUUUAGACCCGAGAGGUUCUUGGAAGAUCCUGGCAAGUAUGAUCUCUCGGGCAACAACUUCACAUACAUGCCCUUCGGUUCCGGUCGGAGGAUAUGUGCGGGGCUUGCGCUGGCAGAGAGGAUGCUAAUGUUUACUUUGGCCUCCCUUUUGCAUUCGUUCAAGUGGGAAUUACCGCAAGGGGCGGAGCUGGAACUGUCGGACAAGUUCGGGAUUGUGGUCAAGAAGAUGAAUCCCCUGGUUGCCAUUCCCAGGCCGAGAUUGUCCACUCCGGAGCUCUACAUGUCAAGUUAGAUCUUUCGUUAGAGUCUCCUCAAGACUCUUCAUUUCGAUUCUGCAAAAUAAAAGUAUCCUGCAUGUGUGUUAGAUGUAGGAGAAAGGAUUCCUGUUGUCUAUCUGUUCUUCAGAUUAGUCGGACCAGAAGAUGAAGUCAUGUGAUGUAGGCGCAAAAAGUUUGGGGUCUUGUAGAAAGGCCCAUGCACGCAUAGUGAGCUAGGGCUUUUGGAUGAAGCGCGGGGCUCCUUCUGUUUUGUUGUAUUAGAACCAGAUAUGACUUUUCCGUACGGUGUAAUUUUCUAAUUAGAAUUGAAUUCUAGUUUCUCCCUCUAUUCCUUCCAUAGCUUUGAAAGCUCACGCACAAAA